CCUCGACCCAACAACUUCCGGGGUCGAACCCGUACAUGCGAAAAGUGACAGCAGCAACGAUCAGUCGGCACAAAACUCAUUAUAUUUGUUUGUGUUUCCUGAAAAGCGCGUCAGCUUUGAAGCACGUUGACUUACAUUUAUUGUGUUAGAGGAGACUUUCAGGUCACAUAAAAUGGUGUUUUACUUCACAAGUGGCGUGGUGAGCCCUGACUACACAAUCUACAUGGGGAAAGACAAAUAUGAAAAUGAGGAUCUAAUAAAGUACGGAUGGCCUGAGGACAUUUGGUUUCAUGUAGAUAAACUAUCAUCUGCCCACGUUUAUCUCAGACUGCCAAAGGGUCAGACGAUAAAUGAGAUCCCUCCAGAGGUGCUGAUCGACUGUGCACAGCUGGUGAAGAACAACAGUAUCCAAGGCUGUAAGAUGAACAACAUCAACGUGGUUUACACACCGUGGGCAAAUCUGAAGAAGACCGGCGACAUGGACGUGGGACAGAUCGGCUUCCACAGACAGAAAGAGGUGAAGAUUGUGUCGGUGGAGAAGAAGGUCAACGAGAUCGUGAACCGUCUGGAGAAAACAAAAGUGGAAAGUUUCCCCGACCUGGCGGCGGAGAAAGAGUCGAGAGACCAGGAGGAGAGGAACGAGAAGAAAGCUCAACUUCAGGAGCACAAGAGGAAAGAGAAGGAUGAGCAGAAGAAGAGACGGGAGAUGGAGGAGCUAAAGAACUAUUCUUCACUGAUGAAAUCUGAGAAUAUGAAGACUAAUGAGGAUGGCUAUGAUUCAGACGAUUUCAUGUAAGUGGUGACAGCCGGGCAGCAAGACGACCAGAUCCUCCUCCGCCCCCUCCCCCCGACUUGCUGCCACGAAGCUCCCUUGCUGCUUUCGCUUGCUGCAACUCUGCACAGACAUUGAGGGAAAACAAAGACAAAUGGAUACCUUUUUAUGCUUUUGGACACUUUGGAGCCGAAAGCGAGCCAAUGAGGGACAGCGCUGGGGACCUGUCCUCGUGCCGAUUGGCUCAGACUCUGUGUCCAAUCCUAAACCAAGCUGGCCGGCCUCCUCAUGAAGGGAUCACACUGCAGAUUAAACACAGGACGACAGGAAUGCUGAGGAUUCAUACGAAGAGGGGGGGGGGCAGUGUGUGUGACAGAUGUUGAUGUAUGUUAACACUAGUUUAGAUUUAAUAACCCUCUGUUCCCUUUCUUCAUGUGCUCAUUUCUCUGCAUGUCAGAUUUUAUUCGACAUAAUUCAAUGUAUGAAUUAAACUCAGUUAAAGUUACUUAUGUGGACAAACCCUUAUAUUAUUCUUAACAGUGCCAUAAAUCUGUCUCAGUCAUUGUCAUGUAACUGCAAAGUGGCGCCCCCCGAAGGAUUAUAGACACGGUGCUGCCCAAAGCGGCGUCCAUAUGGCUUAACAAACUGUUUAAAACCCGAAGAAAUGACAGUACGUUUACGACAAGACAACAAUGAAUCUAAAGAAAAGGGGGAAAUAAAAACUUCAAGAGAUUAUAGAAAAAAAAUGCAUUUAUUUAGUUCACUUCCCAUCCGGACGUCAGAGCUCCCUGAUCAAUCUAAAACUGAUUUUUACAGAUCAGAAGAAAGUAGGUGUUCUGUGCAUGAAGGAGGAUUGUUUGUUAGUGAUUUCACUCGUCUAAUGCAGAGAACAAUAGCAUCAGAUUAGACCUGCAGAUUAGACCUCUACUCUCAGCUAUUUGUACUCUUUAAAGACUUCAGAAGAAUCCGUGUAGAAGUUAACAAAACUCACAUUUUCUAGGUUUAAAAUAAAAACAAUAUUUGGAAGAAAAAAAUUAUUUUCUCGUAGGUUUCUCUAAGUUUGAAAUUGCAGCAGUUGCUCUACUUCCCCUUUUUUCUAGGUAGUAAAAUUAUUAUCAGAAGAAUUCAGAUUUUAAUUAUUGAUUCGGUUCACUUUUCUUUCAUGAAACCGGCUGCCACGAUGUCUGUUUGUUACACAUGACGUGACCUCUCUCCUCACAGCAUACAGUGUGUGAGGAGUAAAGGGUCGGUAAGGUGCUUUUCAUUUAAAAAUCUAAAUUUAAUUAAAAGUUAACUUUAUCACAUUCAAAGUUAAAGAGGAUAUGUCUGAGAUUUAGUUGACCCAAGAUGUUUUUCUGUUCCAUGUUUAAUGUCAUUAUUUCAUGAAUUAUUAUUAUCCUGAAAUUUGUAGCAGCAAGUGUUAUGAAUACUUUGGCAAAUCUACGCGUUGGGAAUCAGUCGUUUCAGACGGUGUAAUAAUGAGCGGCUUUGAGAGGGGGAGAGAGUAUUUUGAGGCCAAAUGUUUGUACCAUCUUGCAUCUCAUAUGUAGCUUUGUUAGUACGACUACCUGUGCUGCCAUUUGGAAUUAAAAACACCACUUUCCUCU